AAAGUCAUGACCGGAAGCUGUGCCACUAGCUAGACGCAAAGCAGAAGAGGGAGGAAAAGUUGCUCCGGUUUAUUUUACUUUCUGAAACAAACUGUACAGGGAAAGUGUGGCGGUCGCUGUUUUUCCUCUUCCUUUAAGUAAAGAAAGUACUUUUAAGGUUUCAAGCAGCCAUGGCGCUCAGCGACGCCGACGUACAGAAACAGAUUAAGCACAUGAUGGCCUUCAUCGAGCAGGAGGCCAGUGAGAAAGCGGAGGAAAUUGAUGCCAAGGCGGAGGAGGAGUUCAACAUUGAGAAAGGUCGCCUGGUGCAGACCCAGAGGGUGAAGAUCAUGGAGUACUACGAGAAGAAGGACAAGCAGAUUGAACAGCACAAGAAAAUCCAGAUGUCCAACCUGAUGAACCAGGCGAGGCUGAAGGUGCUGAAGGCUCGCGACGACAUGAUCACGGAUCUGGUGAACGAUGCCCGGCUUAGACUCACAGACAUUGCCAAGGACCCAGCGAGGUACUCCACCAUAUUGGAGGGCCUGGUGCUUCAGGGAUUUUACCAACUGCUGGAACCAAAAGUGACCGUCCGCUGCCGAAAGCAGGAUGUGGAAAUGGUUCAGGCUGCGGUUGAUAAAAACAUCCCCAUCUACAAAUCCGCCGUGAAGAGCAACAUCGUCGUCAAAAUCGACCAGGAGCGUUUCCUUCCAUCAGACAUCUGCGGAGGAGUUGAAGUGUACAACGACAACGGGAAGAUCAGAGUUUGCAACACUCUGGAGAGCAGGCUGGACCUUAUCGCCCAACAGAUGAUGCCUGAAAUCAGAGUGGCCUUGUUUGGUGCCAACCCGAACCGCAAGUUCACUGACUGAGGCCGGUCCAGGACAGACGUUCGGACACAAGGAGGAAACACACACAAAGUGACCGUGGACUGUUGGAGGCGUCCGUGGCUGCGUCACUGUAGUGAGCAGGAACAAGUGCCUACUCUUCAUCAGGGUCAAAGAAACACCCUGUUUUACUCAAGGUGACGCCAUAGAGUGAGAUUUUUAGAUAUUUUUGUACAUGAUUUUGUACUGAUACCCAACGAGUGCACUUUUCCCUCUGUUAAAGUGCCAAAAUCCCUUUUUUUUUUUUUUUUUUAAACAUUGUUACCUCUUCAGGCUCAGCCACAAGGCAGGACUGUCUUAUUUUCCAAUGUAAAUGCAAAUAUACAUAUAUAUUUUUUUUUCUUUCAGCUCUUUGGGACAACUUGGCACUUGGAAACCUUAAAGCUAAUGUACUUUGCUAUUUGUUUUUUGGCCUUCAAAGAUUCAAAUUUCCUCCACAUGUGUUUUGUCUACAUCUGUUGUGUAGACAGCAUUUGAUUUUGCCACACAAUGUGUUUACUGUUGUAAGAGGAAAUGACUGCGUGUGGGUGUGCGUGUGUUUGGAUAUGAGAUAGUGUAUGGAGAAUGGCUGUGUAACAUGCAAAACCAAAGGAAUAAAAAAGCGCGACACUGAGAAA